AUGCAAAUUUGUUCGGAAGCACAAGCAGCCACCAAAGCUAUUGAUUUAAAUGGGCGUUCUUUAAGCAAAAAUAAAUAUCUACCGCCACUAACAUCAAACCACAACAAUAAUGCCAAUAAAACCUUGCAACAAACUAAAACUUACACCACCAAACCUCAACGUUCAAUUGAUAAUUUUAACACGCGACCUGAAUUAAAAAACCCAAAAUUUCCAGCAGAACCUUCCUAUCCACCACUAUUUACUUCAUAUGAUCCACCACCAUCGGGUUUAGUUUCACAUAAGAAUCUUCAAUUACCUUUUGCCAACUCAGUAAAAUUGCCGCUUCUAUUGCCAAAAUCUGGAAAACCCCAUGAUUUUACUAAACAUCCAGGUUUUGUUACACCUCCCUCCUCCAUAGAAGAACUUGAGUUGGAAGACUCAGCGCCCAUGUUAAUGAUUGAAGAGCCAGCUGCUGUUGUACUGCAACCUCAAUACAAUAAAACUAUAGAAGCAGCAAAAGUUUUGGCCUCCACUUUUCUGGAGGCAAGUGGUGAAGCAUCUACGAUAUCAGGGAAUAAGGGAUCGAAUACAACAGAUGUUUAUAUAGUUAAGACACAAAAGAAGGCCUAUAUAAUACCCACACAUUUAAAAAAAGAAGCCAACAAACCAUCUGGUGUCGAUGACCUGUAUCCCUUGCGUGAUCAGUUCGAGAAGGCGUACACUAUUAAUCAAUUCAUUUUUGUUAUAAAGCCAGAAAAAAUUAAUUUUCUCAAUAAGCUAGUUUAG